AUGUUUUCGGCUAGAGUAAACUCARUUGGAUUUUCAAGAUAUGUAUCUGCAACAACUACACAUAUUGCACAAGGAUUAAGAGGCUCGAUUGCUGUAAUCAUUCCCGAAUCUGAAAAACUUACCCCAUCACCAGUAGCCAAGACCAGUCAGUCUUUGGGCUCUCUUGUUCCUGCUAGUGGAAAUGUUAUAGCAACCAAUAAACUGCUGGGUAAAUCCCAAGUGCGAUUCAGCCACACGGACAUCAAUGUACCAGACUUUGGAGAUUACCGUCGACCAAGUGCAAAGGAUUCUGGUCUGCCAAGCCAAACAGAUAUCAGCCGACGAGCRUUUACAUACAUGGUAGUUGCUGGAAUGGGUAUUACUGGAGUACAUAUUGGAAAAAAUAUGUUGGUAGACUUCCUAUCAACAAUGAGUGCAUCUGCUGAUGUGCUGGCCUUGGCUAAAAUAGAAGUUGAUCUUAAUAAUAUCCCAGAAGGAAAGAACAUGGUAUUCAAGUGGAGAGGCAARCCAUUGUUUGUUCGACAUCGCACUGCWGAGGAGAUYGACGAUGUUAGAUCAGUYGACGURAGCACCCUGAGAGACCCAGAAGAUGAUCUUGUMCGAGUGAAAGACGACAAAUGGCUUGUUCUUAUUGGUGUUUGUACUCAUUUGGGUUGUGUACCCAUCGCUAAUGCUGGAGAGUUUGGYGGUUAUUACUGUCCAUGUCAUGGAUCUCAYUACGAUGCUUCAGGMAGAAUAAGAAAGGGCCCUGCUCCUUUAAAUCUUGAAGUUCCCGAACACAGUUUUGAUGGCGAUACACUAGUUGUUGGAUAAAAGACUCUACAAGCACUAUGUACAUUAAAGAAUUCAGCUAAUUGUAUGGUGUAAAUUCUAUACAUUUGACGUGGCUUGUGUUUAAAAUCAAAAAUAUUGUAUGAUUCACACAAUUGUUAAUGAUUUUGUGGAGAAAUCUAAUAUUAUGACAAAUUGAAUCAUUUGUUUUGCCAUGUGAAUGUUUGUUCUAGCUCCAUACAAGGUUUUUUUCUAAUGAGAUAUAAUUGAAUUAUCCCACUUUUAUCUGGUUAUUAAAAGGAUUGUGUCAACAGUGA